AUGCUCACAACACUACGAACAACAGCGGCGCGGUCAGUCGGCGGGUCGUCUCUGCGUGCCGUCGGUGUCGCCCCUGCUCUUGCCCGCGGACACGCCGGCUGUUCGGGUCAUCACCACCCGCCUCCGCCAGAGAGCAGUACGACGACGAAGGCGGAGAAGAAGGAGCUCCCUCACCGCGCCUCUGGCACGCCGCUGAACGUCCCGACAACGCAGGGCGGACCCUCGGACGCGGACGCAUACUGUGCCUCCCUGGUGCAGCGGCUCGACCCCGACGCGUGGCUGCAGAGCUACUUCUGGCCGAGGAGGGAGAAGGCGUGGUGGCUCGCGAUCAGGGCUUUCAACCUGCACCAGGUUUCGACGACUGUGAGCCAACCGGCGAUCGCGGCGAUGCGCUUCCAGUUCUGGCGCGACGCGCUCGCGCAGAUCUGGGCCGGCAAGCCGCCGCAGCAUCCCGUCGCCAUUGCGCUCGCCGAGGCGCACAAGUACCGUCCGAUCCAGAAGUACUACCUGAACCGAUUGAUCGAGACGAGGGCGAAGAAUCUGUCUGCCCCACCAGCCUCGGCCGACCUCGACGCAUACCUCGCCGCGCACGCCCCGAUCCCCGACGCCCUGCUGCAGACGGGCCUCACGCUUGUCGUUCCCCCAACAGCGCCAGAAACGUCCAAGCUGGCCCACACCCUCUCCCAUGUCGCCAAUACGUUAUCCGUCGUAUCGCUGCUGCGCCAGCUCCCCUCCGCCAUCGGGAAACAGCAGAACCCCCUCCCCUCGGCCAUCUGCGCGAACAACGGCCUCAGCGACGAGGAACUCUUCCGCGACCCGGGGGGCAAGAAGGCGCGCGACGCCGUGUUCGAGGUCGCGACCCGCGGUAUGGACGAGAUGAUCACGGCGCGCCGGGACCUGAAGGACUGGAAUGGCGCCGUGAAGCCGAGUGCGGCCAUGCCCGUGUUCCUCGCUGCUGUGCCCGCUGAGCGGUGGCUGAAGCGGCUCGAGGAGGUCGACUUCGACGUGACCUCGAAGAAGAUGGCGCGGCACGACUGGCGCCUGGCUCCUGCCAUUUGGGCGCGAUACCUCCGCGGAAAGCUCUAA